CUGGAAUUGGACGGAGCUCCCAUUGUUUCCAGCCGCCCGCGUAUCGAUCGAUGUCUGGCCUGAUCCUCAACCCGAAGCCCUUCCUCGCCGGCCUCACGGGCAAGGCCGUCGUUGUCAAGCUCAAGUGGGGCAUGGAGUACCAGGGCGACCUGGUCUCGGUCGACUCGUACAUGAACCUCCAGCUCGCCAACACGGACGAGUUUGUCGGUGGCGCCAAGACGGGCCACCUCGGCGAAGUGCUCAUCCGCUGCAACAAUGUGCUCUAUGUGCGGGGCGCGCCCGAAGACGCCAAGCAAGGCUAGCCGUAGCCGCCCUUAUGUAAUCGCAUCAACAUGAAGAAGAAGACGA